AUGGAACAUCUGGACAGAAUCAUCUCAAAGGACUCUCUGCACCGCAACGAGCUUGGCCAUGAUGCCACUGAACUUGAAAACUAUUGGGCUUCACCUCGACUGAUUGGGUCUCUCGCUGCCACUUUUCUUCUUGCCAACAGUAUUUUCAUCGGCUAUGCCAUGCCAGUCAACAUUCUUACCGUCAUUAACGCAGACAUUGGACCUUCGCCAAACAUAUACCUGGUGUCUCUAAUGAAUACACUUUUCUCGGGAGUAUUGCAUUUAUUCUUUGCCCGCCUUUCCGACAUCUUGGGUCGACGGUACUUCAUCAUCGGCGGACAAAUACUCGGAGUCAUCGGUUCCAUCGUUUGCGCUACCGGCAACAGCAUUAAUGUCCUUAUCGGUGGAAGUGUCAUGACCGGUAUCGGUGGCGCUGCAGGGUUACUAUAUCCUGUUAUCGUCCAUGAGUUAAUUCCUAAUAAGUAUCGUCACUGGGGCCAGGCUAUAAUAACUGCAGCCGUUCUACCUACCUUGGGAUUUGGCCCCGUUAUUGCGAGGACGUUAAUUGCUCAAACUAAGGUAGGAUGGAGAGGAGUUUACUGGUUAAAUGUCGCAGUGUCAGGACUAUCAGUUGUUCUCUUCGCCAGCUGCUACUUUCCGCCUAACUUCCGUAUGAUUAACAAUAAAUUAACUAAGUGGAAAGAAGUGAAGUCGCUAGACUACGGGGGCGUUAUAUUAUAUUUCACAGCUCUGAUUCUUGUCCUUCUCGGAUUUACCUGGGCGCAAGGCACAUAUUCCUGGCAAAGUGCACGCGUCAUUGCAUCUUUGAUUGUGGGCUUCCUCACACUAGUGGCUUUCGCAGUCUACGAGACCUAUGUACCACUUACACAGCCACUCCUCCCAGUCCGACUCUUCAAGGUACAGAAUAUUAUCGCCUGCGUUAUCGUUGGCUCGACAAUGCAAAUGGUCUGGUUUGCCCUGAAUAUAUUUUGGCCAAUCCAGAUUAGUGUUCUUUUCACGACGAACGAAGUCAAAAUCGGCUUUCAAUCUUGCACUACAGGUAUCGCCUUGGUCGCGGGAGAACUUUGUUUCGCCCCUCUGUUCCGAAGCAUUGGCUAUCUUAAAUGGCAAAUGGUGGUUGCAGGCUUAAUAACUGCAGCCUUCUGCACAGGUAUGGCGGCGUCAAAGACAGAGGGUCUAGGCAUUGCCUUCACAAUCAUCGCUGGCCUUGCAAAUGGGUGGAUCGAGAUGGUUACUAUUGUCGUUGUCGGACUCGUGGCCCCACCCAACGACAUCGGUGUUGCCCAGGGCUUCUUCGCCUCAACGAGGUUAAUCUUCGGCACCGUCGCGGUCAGUAUUUAUCUGGCCAUAUAUAGUAAUAGACUGACCGCAUAUCUACCUCAAAAGAUUGUGCCGGAAGUCGAGGCCGCUGGUCUACCUGCCAGUAGCAUUCCAGAUCUGUUCACAGCGAUCGCCAAUGGCACUGAAGCAGCAUUGAUGGCAGUUCCCGGAUUUGACAACGAAGUGCUAGACGCCCUGGCCCUGGCUACAAAGCACGCGUAUGCUCAUACAUUCAAAAUAGUCUAUUUGUCAACUUUUGCCUUCACAGGCGUUGGAAUCGCUGCGUCUUUCUUCAUCACAGACGUGAAUGCAUAUCUCACCAACUAUGUUAACAAGACUCUCCAUAGGCCAAAUCUGAGAAAUGAGAAGAUUGAACCUGGGGUGUGA